AAGAGGUUUUGUCAAAGGAGAACAGACUAUGACAGAGAGACUGAGUGCUUUGGCGAUGGAAGAAGUUAGCGGUGUUGCUUCCAGUUUGCCUCAGUGUGUGGAACUGACAGAUAGUGAGCCUCUGGCCCUGCAGGCAGGAGGGGAUAUUGUGAUUGGAGGGUUUUUCCCUCUGCAUUAUGUGGCUCCGAAGCCACAGCACAGCUGCAACAUAAAACCUCAGCUCACACCUUGCAGUGGCUUUGACCACAGAGCCUUCCGCUGGAUGAUGACAAUGGUGUUUGCAGUUGAGGAAAUUAACCUUAAUUCAAGCCUUUUACCAGGUGUUAAACUCGGCUAUCGAAUAAUGGACAGCUGUGACCAUGUGCACACCAGCCUGCAAGCUCUUAUCUCUUUAGAAAAUGUAACAGAGGAGAGAAUGGACAGGAGUACACAAUCUGAAACUUUGUCAUCAUGUCUGUCUGAUUCUCCUGUGCCUGUUGUGAUCGGUCUUGCAUCCUCCUCCCCUACAAGAGCUGUGGCUCACACUCUUGGCCCUUUCAACCUCCCACUGAUAAGCUAUUUUGCUACUUGUACCUGUCUGACUGACAAGCGUAUGUACCCAUCAUUUUUGCGGACUGUACCGAGUGAUCUCUUUCAAGUUAGAGGCCUUGUCGAGCUGGUCACCUUUUUGGACUGGUUCUGGGUGGGCACAGUAGGGACCACGGAUGACUACAGUCACUAUGGAAUUCAAGCAUUCUCUCAACAGUUUCAACAACAAGGUGGCUGUCUGGCAUUUCAUCUUACUAUCCCCAAGUCACCCACAGUGGCUGACAUACAAAAAAUGGCAAACACGCUGCAGAGUUCAACUGCACAAGUAGUGGUGGUCUUCGCCACUGAGGGGCAGCUGCUGGAACUGCUGUUAGAGCUGGCUCAAAGAAAUGUGACAGGGAUCCAGUGGGUAGCUAGUGAAGCCUGGGUAACUGCUAGCCUGCUGACCUCACCCCACUUCCACCCUCUCCUAGAGGGCACAAUUGGUUUCUCCUUCCCUGGAGUUAGGAUCCCUGGCUUGAAAGAGUUCCUGCUGAGAGUCCGUCCUUCCCCUGAACCUGGCAUGGAAUUUGUCAACAUGUUCUGGGAAGAGCUGUUCAGCUGUAGGCUUGAGGGAUCAGCUGAUGAUGUUGUUGGUGAAAAGCCUGUAUGCAGUGGUUCAGAGGACCUGAGGUACACUGACAGCAGUUAUACUGAUGUAUCUCAGGUCAGAAUAUCGUAUAAUGUGUAUAAAGCUGUAUACGCUAUUGCACAUGCUCUGCGUGCUUUACUGAACUGUGAUUCUCCAGGAUAUAACAAAGGAAUGUGUGAGAAACAUAAAUCAUUUACCUCUCGGCAGUUGCUGCAUCAUCUGAAGACUGUAAAUUUCACUAACCAGUUUGAAGAGAAGGUGUAUUUUGACUCCAACGGAGAGCCGCCCCCUCUCUAUGACAUCAUCAACUGGCAAAAGGACAGCAAUAGUGAAAUUAGAUUUGUCAAAGUGGGAAGCUAUGAUGGCUCAGCUCCAUUGAGACAACAGCUGCGGGUGGAUCGGAGCACUAUUGUAUGGACAAAGGGACAGUCACAGGUGCCUGUAUCCCAGUGUAGUGCUCCAUGUUCCCCUGGCAGCAGGCAGGCAAGACGUCCAGGAAAGCCCCACUGCUGCUUUGAUUGUUUACCCUGUGCAGAUGGAGAAAUCAGCAACCAGACUGGGUCCACAGAGUGCACAAAAUGUCCUGAGUACUACUGGUCAGACAAAGACAAGAUCAAAUGUGUGGCUGGGGUUGACGAAUUCCUCUCUUUCUACGACACCAUGGGCAUCAUCCUGGUCACAUUCACACUGCUUGGUGUCUGCCUGACAGCCACUAUCACCACUGUUUUCCACCGUUUUCGUUCCACCCCAAUCGUCAAGGCUAACAAUUCAGAAAUAAGUUUCUUGCUUCUCCUGUCACUCAAACUCUGCUUCUUGUGUUCCCUGGUGUUCAUUGGUCAACCAUCUGUGUGGUCAUGCAGGCUCCGCCAGGCAGCAUUUGGGGUCAGCUUUGUCCUCUGUCUGUCUUGCCUUCUCGUGAAGACUAUAGUGGUUCUUUUGGCUUUCCGGGCUAAUGUGCCUGGUUCCAAGGCUCUGAAGCUAUUCGGACCCUCUCAGCAAAGGUCUCUGAUCCUCUGCACCACAGCUCCUCAGGUUUGUCUCUGUGCUGGUUGGCUGUUGGGCGCACCUCCCUUCCCGUUCAGAAACCCAGCUUACCAAGCCUCAACUGGAAAAAUUGUUGUGGAGUGUAAGGAGCCAUGGCCUCCUGGAUUUUAUCUGAUCCUGGGCUACAUUGGCCUACUGGCCUUCCUCUGCCUCCUGCUGGCGUUUCUCGGACGCAAGCUUCCUGAUGCGUUCAAUGAAGCAAAACUCAUCACAUUCAGCAUGCUGAUCUUCUGGGCUGUGUGGAUUUCUUUCAUCCCAGCUUAUGUCAGCUCCCCCGGGAAGUUCACUGUGGCUGUGGAAGUAUUUGCUAUAUUAGCCUCCACUUUUGGACUGUUACUGUGUAUUUUUGUGCCCAAAUGUUAUAUAAUUUUAUUGCGGCCUGAGAGAAACAUUAAGAAAGGUUUAACUGGAAAACAUGCCAGAUGAACCCAGUUUUUUUUAUGUUGUUGGUCAUUUUUAGUAGUCAUCACAUCUGUAUCAGUAUCAGAGACAUACAGUAGUUUACAAAGCAUGAAAGACCCAAGAGGUGGGGAGGUGGGGCCUGAGCGGAGAGUCACACAAAGGCAACACCAACGGAAUAAGACAAGCUAGCUUACACAUAACACA